UUAAAUUUUACUUUGAGAUGCUGGAAAAUUUCGUCUGUUUUGCACAGUCCACUGAAAAGCUGUAAUUCCAUUUAAUCUAUAAUUCCUUUCAAGUUUCACUUACCAAAUAAUUGCACCCCCUGAACUGAAUUGAAGCUUCAAUCUUUCAAUUCUAUCAAUCACAAAGUAGAAACAAAGAUACUUCAUCUCUAGACUAUAGUAACUACAGUUUUUGACUGCUGGCUAUGAAAAUCCCUCCGGUGAAACCUCACUUUUUCAAGCCAAUUCAGCCAGGUUUCAAGCAGGGACUGAAAAUACCUAAAGGUUUCUUGAAGUAUCUAAAGGACCAUGACCAUAAUGAACAUGCAACAUUGAGAAGGGAUGGUAAGAAGUGGCUGGUGAAGCUGAACGGCCGACGACUAGAAGAGGGCUGGGAAAAGUUUGCAGAGGAGCAUGAUUUGCAAUUGGGAGAUCUGUUGGUCUUCAAACACGAAGGUAAUAUGGAGUUUGAGGUAAUCAUAUUUGAUUCAAGUCAUUGUGACAGAGAAUAUGCCGAGUAUCUGCAAGAAGAAGAAGAUAUUGUUGAAGGGGCUUGCAAGAAAUUUGAAUUAAAAGAUGGAUUUCCCCAUGCAGAAGGCGCUACUCACAACCCUUUUGGUCAAUCUCAUUUUGAAUGCACUGUUAGAUCCUAUUACCUUACAAAUGGUUACUUGCGUGUUCCGUCACGAUUCGCAUCGAAAAAUGGUCUCACCUACAAGAAAUGUGAUUUGAUUAUUAGAGAUGAAAGACAAAGGUCAUGGAAUUUAAAGCUAUAUACCUCCUGUCAUCACGUCUAUAUUGGUGGCAGAUGGGCUAAAUUUCAUGCUGCAAAUGACUUAAAGGUGGGAGAUCGAAUAAUGUUUGAGGUUGUUACUAAUGGAGAAAGACCAAUUUGGAAAUUUCAUGUCAAACCAAACCCCAGCAUCAAGUCAUCGAGCAAGGCAUUUCCCUAUGCUGAAGCUGCUACUCACAAGCCUUUUGGUCACUCUCAUUUAGAUUCAAGGCACUGUAACAGAGAAUAUGUAGAGUAUCUGCAAGAAGAAGAAGAAGCUGCCAGCGAUGCUGUUGAAGGGACUUCCAAGGAAUUUGAAUUAAAAGACGAACCAAACCCCAGCGUCAAGUCAUCAAGCAAGGCAUUUCCCCAUGUAGAAGCUGCUAUUCACAAGCCUUUUGGUCAUUUUGUAUGCACCAUUCGACCCUAUUGCCUUACGUAUAGUUACUUGAUCCUUCCUACACAAUUUGCACUCACAAACGGUCUCAUCAACAAGAAAUGUGAUUUGAUUAUAAGAGAUGAAUGGCAAAGGUCGUGGAAUUUAAUGCUACGUCCUUUUGGUACUAGCGUGUGCAUUAGAGGUGGAUGGCGUAAUUUCCGUGAUACACAUUGCUUAAAGGAGGGAGAUCAAAUAAUGUUUGAGGUGGUUACUGAUGGAACAAAACCAGUGUGGAAAUUUCAUGGUGUAGCGGGAAAAGAGGUUGUAUCAUGUAUGAUGUUUUGGGUGCUAUUUCUUGGCCAUUGGAACAACAAGGGUGUGAUAUGUUCAUGUAUUCUGAUCAGCUUGAAAAUUUCUCGUGGAUUGCUAACAUCCAAGAAUUGUUGCACCAAAGGAUCGAUCUAGUGGUUAACAAAAUGGGUGCAUACUUCGGAGAUCAGGGUUCGAAUUCCAUCCGAGACAAAAAAAAUGCUAGAUAAGUUCUUUCUAUUUGUCUAAAGCCAUGGUAGGCAGAAUUAUUUGUAAGGUGUAUUUGUGGGAGGCAAGCUGACUCGGAUAUCACAGUUAUUGGAAAAAAAAGGAACACUUUCUGAAUGAGCUGUGUUCAUAUUAUGAUUUGAUCCACUGUUAUAAACUUCCAUGAAUUCCUUUGAAAGAUUUGGGAACUUAUCCAUUUGUUUAAUGAUUUGUUCCAUA